AUUGAACAUAAAAAAUAAAUAAUUUUUUGUUAAGACAAUAAUUUUUCACUUUAUUACUAAUAAAAUGUCUUAAUAAACUGAAGAUGUUUUAGCGUCUGUGACAUAAUGGAUUCUAGGUGCCGUCUUUGUGCAGAAUGCCCUUCCAGCCAAGUUCCUAUUCUGGAAGAUACUGGUUUUUGCUCAAAAAUAUUUCAGUUGUUUCAAAUAAAAGUGUCUGCUGGUGAUAGUUUUCCGACUUGUGUUUGCCAUGAUUGUUAUGAUAUGGUAGAAAAGACGUGGAGCUUCAAUGACAGAGUUCAGAAAGCUCAAGAUGUUCUGGCAGAACUUAUUAACAACAUCCAGGAUCUGCUACCAUUGCCCCAAACCGAAGAGAUAGAUGAUCCAAUUGUCACUACAAUUGAUAAUGAUACAGGAACAAUGGUAGAUUUGGAAUAUAUAGACGACAAUCAUGAAGAUGUUAAAUGUCACUUUUUAUCUCAAAAUACUUUGGAAAUAUUUGAAAAUCAUCCUCUAAAAUCCGAAGACGAUUGUAACUUAAAAAUUGCAGGCAAUUGGAAGAAGAGAAAAGUAAAAACCUCAAGAAAUGAGGCGAGAAAAACAUCUAGAAAGAAAUUUUCUCAAAAUCAACAGAUAGAGAGUAUAGAAUUUGAAGUCAAAUUGGAUGGUACAAUGAUACCCAAAGGUGAUAAUAAUGGUUGGAACUCAUAUCCGUUCAAUUGUGCACAAUGUCAACAGGUUUGUGUUAACCCCGAUGAUCUUAGAGAUCAUUAUGCAUCUGCUCAUAAUUCAUCUCCUAGAUACUCUUGUGUGGAUUGUUCAAAGGGCUACACAAAGUACAACGUCUUCCUAGCUCAUGUUAGAGUCCACAGGCCAAGACUGAGGCUCUUCUGUGAUAUUUGUUAUAUGUGGUUUCCAACUUCUACGGAACAAGAGCAGCAUAGGUCGCAACAUGGGGAUGAAAAGCAGCAUGCUUGUGUAACGUGUGGGAAGAAGUUUAGGAUGCAAUCUUCACUCGUGGUUCACGAGAGAUCUCAUCUUCCAGCUGAAAUAAAGAACCAGUAUCAAUGUGAUCAGUGUCCAAAGAAAUUUGGGACCAAACCGAAUCUCAUGGCCCAUAAAAGAAUACAUUAUGGAAUUAGAAAUUAUACCUGUGAUCAAUGCGGCAAAAGUUUUGUACAAAAAGGUAACUUAGAUAACCAUUUAUUGACGCAUAUGGCAGCUCGUCCCUUUACGUGCAACGUUUGUGGGAAGACUUUUAAAACUGUGGUUCGACUGCGCAAGCACGGCUCUGUUCAUUCUGGUUUAAAACCUCACCGGUGCGACAUUUGCGGUAGGCAAUUCCGGGAAAGAGGUACUCUUAAGGAACAUCAUAGGAUACAUACUGGAGCUAUGCCGUUUACUUGCGAAUUUUGCGGUAAAUGUUUUAGAUUUAAGGGCGUGCUAACAACACAUAGACGACAGCACACAGGAGAGAGACCUUACUCGUGCAAUGAGUGUCAACAUCACUUUACAAAUUGGCCUAAUUACAAUAAACAUAUGAAACGACGUCAUGGCAUUAACACGAGUGUAACGUGUAGGACUCGACAAGACAUACCACCGACCGGUAUGCCUCACCGGAAUCCUCCAGGUACAGUUCUAGCUCCUCCACAACCAGUACUAAUACCAGAUAGCUUUGUAGAGCAGCCUCCUACCUUUUAUCCAGUUCUUAAUUUGUAUAACAUUCCUGAAGAACUCUUGCAGCAAAGAGUAUAAAGUGAUUUUUGUUUGUGAAGGAUAUUCUCCAAAAAAAGGAAAGAGUAAGAGAUAUAAAAGAUAUCAUUAUAUUGAAAUGUUUAAAUAAUAUGACGCAAAGUCAAGACUCAG